GGGAGAGGCGGGCCUGGGCGGAGCUGGAGGCGGAGGACGACGACAAGGAGGAGGGGGAAGAUGGUGGAGACAGCGGCAGAAGGGAGAGCGCCUUCCCAGGCUUCUUCUUCCUCCUCCUCCUCCUCGUCGUCUUCCUCGUCCAUCAUCCGCCUCAGGGCCGCUUCUUCUCCCCGCCCAAAGGUGCACCAGGAGCAGUACUUGUGUAAAGCUGAUGGGGCUUGUUCAUUCAAGGCCACCCUAAAAUACUUUGGAUUACAAUAAGAAAAGCUCAUAAUGAUACACAGUUGAUGGGAAGCUCUCUACUUCCACUUUGGAGAAUACAACUAAAUUCAGAGGGAACAGACUCAACACACAAAAUGUCAAUAGAAUAAGUGAAACAUCCUUUACAAUCUGCCAUGAACCAUUUUGAGGGGCCACCUGAAGGAGAGGGCAAUGAUGAACCAGGAAAUAGAGAAGUCAGUGAGUCUAUAGAGGCAGACCUGGAGCACUCUGAGGCGGAGGAGGAACAGCAACAGUAUGCUGUUUAUCCAAGAUGUGCCAAUGGUGGCCAAGAAAGGCAUUCCAGACAUGAAGAAGAAAGCAUGUUAGCACGAUCAGCUAGCACGGAGAGUGGAUUCCAUAAUCACACUGAUACUGCUGAGGGAGAUGUCAUAGCCACAUCAGGGGAUAACUAUGAAGGAGACAGAGUGUUAGAGAAUGAGGAUGAGAGCGCCUAUGCAGUGCAGUACAGACCUGAAGCAGAGGAGUACACCGAAAACGCUGAAGCAGAACAUGCUGAGACUCUUCAUACCCGAACUCUUCCCAACCACUUGCACUUUCAUUCCAUUGAGCAUGAGGAAGCCAUGAAUGCAGCAUAUUCAGGCUAUGUGUACACCCACCGGCUCUUCCAUCGAGGGGAAGAUGAGCAGUAUGCAGAGCCCUAUGCUGACUAUGGACUGCAGGAACAUGUGUAUGAGGAAAUAGGUGACACACCUGACCUUGAUGUCAGGGAAGGCCUGAGGCUGUAUGAGCAAGAGAGGGAAGAGGCUGACAACUAUCGGAAGGAAGCUUUAGGUGCACGCCUCCACCAUUAUGAUGAGCGCUCUGACGGAGAGUCCGACAGUCCUGAGAAAGAGGCAGAGUUUGCUCCAUAUCCAAGGAUGGAUAGUUAUGAACAAGAAGAAGAUAUUGACCAAAUUGUGGCUGAAGUUAAACAGAGUAUGAGUUCCCAGAGCCUAGACAAAGCUGCUGAAGACAUGCCUGAAGCAGAGCAGAACAUGGACUCCAGUAAUGCUCUUGCUAAUGUGUGUCCUGAAAGCAACAGUCAACUUUCAGUUGGCUCUAGACCAUCAGUUAAUGCGGGGGAAUCAGUGCAAAGAUAUAGCAAGGAAAAAAGGGAUGCAAUAUCACUGGCCAUUAAAGACAUUAAAGAAGCUAUUGAGGAAGUAAAGACAAGGACCAUCCGUUCCCCUUAUACCCCUGAUGAGCCCAAAGAACCCAUUUGGGUGAUGAGGCAAGACAUCAGCCCAACUAGGGAUGGUGAGGAUCAGAGGCCACUAGAGGGAGAUUCUCCAUCUCCUGAUUCAUCUUCACCCCAAGGUGCUGAAUCAUCAAGUAUUCAACAUCACCAAGAUGUCUGUGGUACAGCAGAAACUCCCACCAAUAAGGAGUCAAGAAAAAGCUUGGCUUCUUUCCCAACCUAUGUUGAAGUUCCUGGACCCUGUGAUCCUGAAGACUUAAUUGAUGGAAUCAUAUUUGCUGCCAAUUACCUUGGCUCUACUCAGCUUCUUUCAGACAAAACUCCAUCCAAGAAUGUGAGAAUGAUGCAGGCUCAGGAAGCUGUAAGCCGAAUCAAGAUGGCACAGAAAUUAGCCAAAAGCAGAAAGAAGGCUCCUGAAGGUGAAUCUCAGCCUAUGACAGAGGUUGACCUCUUCAUCUCAACGCAAAGGAUAAAAGUACUCAAUGCCGACACUCAGGAGGUGAUGAAAAUUCCCUUUAAUUUGGAAAACGAAACUAUGAUGGACCAUCCUCUGAGGACCAUUUCGUACAUUGCAGACAUUGGGAAUAUAGUUGUAUUGAUGGCUCGCAGGCGAAUGCCAAGAUCUAAUUCUCAAGAUAACGUGGAGGCAUCUCAUCCCUCUCAGGAUGGGAAGAGGCAGUACAAAAUGAUCUGCCAUGUCUUUGAAUCUGAGGAUGCACAACUAAUUGCACAGUCCAUAGGCCAGGCAUUUAGUGUGGCCUACCAGGAAUUCUUGAGAGCCAAUGGAAUAAAUCCAGAAGACCUGAGCCAGAAGGAAUACAGUGACCUGCUCAACACCCAGGACAUGUACAAUGAUGACUUGAUCCACUUCUCCAAGUCUGAAAACUGCAAAGAUGUUUUCAUUGAGAAGCAGAAGGGGGAAAUUCUGGGUGUGGUGAUUGUAGAGUCUGGAUGGGGCUCCAUCUUGCCUACAGUUAUCAUUGCCAAUAUGAUGCAUGGAGGACCUGCAGAAAAGUCCGGAAAGCUGAACAUAGGGGACCAGAUCAUGUCAAUCAAUGGGACCAGUUUGGUGGGCUUACCACUCUCAACAUGCCAGAGUAUCAUAAAGGGUUUGAAGAAUCAGGCCAGAGUUAAGCUGAAUAUAGUAAGAUGUCCUCCAGUAACUACUGUCCUCAUCAGAAGACCAGAUCUGAGAUACCAGCUGGGCUUCAGUGUACAGAAUGGCAUUAUCUGUAGCCUUAUGAGAGGAGGGAUCGCAGAACGAGGAGGAGUACGUGUGGGGCACCGGAUUAUUGAAAUAAAUGGGCAAAGUGUUGUAGCAACACCUCAUGAAAAGAUUGUUCACAUUCUCUCAAAUGCUGUUGGUGAGAUUCAUAUGAAGACCAUGCCAGCCGCCAUGUACAGACUCUUGACUGCACAGGAACAACCAGUUUACAUCUGAAGCUCUCCCAGUGUGCAUGGACAUUUCUCUUCAUUAAUGGUGGUGUUUUCUUGUGCUGCAUUUUGGUGUCUGCAGCAACAUUUCUCUUGCUCUUUUUUCUCACCUUUUAUCAUUCUGCUGUGUACGAGAUUACAUUUUUGGUUGCACCUUUUUACUACUAGAGUUUAUGUAAUUCUUCACAGAACUGAAAAUAAGUAAGACUAACACACACACACGUGUACACACACACUUGUUUGAGCAAAAUCAUCCUUUUAUGCUUCUGUCAAGACAAAAAAAAUAAAUAGGUUGAAUGAAAAUAAAUUAAAACACUUAAAAAAAACUAAGUAGGAAAAAUGAUAAAGUUUUGCAGUGAUAGAUAGGAUGUUGGCAGGCUUAUCUUAUAAAGUUGUCCUGCUUGUUAUGUGACGAGAGCUAUAGGACUAUCAUUUUUCCCCUAGAGGAAAAAGUCAAUUUACAUAUGAAGGCAGCAAAAUGAUGAUACUCCAACGUUUAGGUGAGUUCUGCUCCCCUCAUGCCAUUCAGCACAUAUUUAUUGGGGGAGAGUUAGUGAAAAGGUGGAAAAUCCUCUAGGACUAAAAAUGUCUAUAGAAGAUAUGCUUUUAGGAUCUAAAUGUUUCAGGAUUUUGCUCUUUGGGAACUAAGCAUUUCCUUUCUCUUUUCCCAAAUCCUUUAUUUUUUUAAGUGCAGUUUGAUUUUUUGCAAAUGACUGUUCUAUUCCCAACUUUCUUUCUAAAACUGAGUGACACAAUUCUAAAUAUUGAAGAGCGAAAUUGUGGAUGUGGGAGUAGUAAGGGAAUGUAGUUAGAUCUUAACUUCAGGGUUGUUGUUUUUGUGUGUUUGUGUGUGUGUGUGUAUGUGGGCUAAUAAGCUGUCACAUUUGAAAAUUGUAUGCUUGAUAGUCAUGAUUUUUUACACGUCUGCAUACAGUUUUAAGUUGUUCUGAGCCAGUUUACUUUGAACAUAUCUUUGGUCCACACUUUUAUAUUUAUUUUUUUAAGACAAGUUUCUCUUUAAUUUUGGACCAUAUUAGAAUAGUGGAUGGUAUAAAUUUAAUUUAUUUUGUAAUAUACAAAUACAUAUAUAUAUAUAAAUAUAUAUAUAAAUAUAUGUAAAGUUAUUCCCACACAUGGGAUGCUAAGACAGUAGGUUCACUUACUGCAGGUAUUUGUGCAAUGAAAGAAUAUUCCAAAACACUUUGGAUAUGGUAUUUAAAAUCCAGGAGGUCAGUUGACUGUAACAUUUGUAGUAAAAUUAUUUGGCAAAAACACAUAAAAGUAUAGGUCCUGUGGCACCUUAAACACUUGUACCUUUAUUAUGGUAUAACCUUUGAAUUUGGAUUCAUAAAAGAUUCACUCACAACACGUCUUGAUCUUUAAGGUGUUUCAAUAUUUUCUGUUGGUUUUGCUGUGACUAACCAACAUGGUUACCCUUCUGGAAUCUGUCUAUUAUUUGUAUGGGGAUAGGAAAAUAGGAAACAUAGAAAAAUCAGGGCAACACUGGUUUACCAGGGGUAGGGGUUGAGUGUUUGCAUGUUGCAUGGUUGUGCAUUGUGCACUGUGCACACAUGUUGCAUAGAUGUGUAAUGGCAUACUCCUUGGGAUUCAGUGCCCUGCAUGGGUGUUAUAUGUGAAUGCAUGUGGAUUCCACUCCUUAAAACAAACACAGAAUCUCUGGGUGGCAAGAAACUAGUAUUGUACUACAACCUUGAGUCAUUUAGGGUAACUGUGAUACAAAUAUACUGUUGAGGGUGGACAUGAAGUUACUAUAGCUCUUUAUGCUCCUUACUCCAUGACACUACCAGAGGUAAUUUUGCAACAUAUUAACAGAUAUAGGACAGGAGUGUUCAUUCCUUUUCUUCAUUCACAAAAGUCUUGUAUACAUAAUUGCAUUAUAUUAUCUAAUAGUUUUAGAGGAGAAAUAUACAGUAGGGGAAAAAACUACUUUUUAAAGAGGCAAAUUUGCAACCCAGUCCUUAGGUGCCCCAAACCCCAUCAAAAUCAUUGGGUAACUCUGCAUAGGAUUGGGCUAUGCAUGUUCACAUGAGUCUAAUAUGAGUCUCUUAAAUUUGGGUUCACUGAUGUAUUCAGUUCCUUACUUUACUGAAGUGAAGUAGGCAUAGACCUAGACAACAAGCUAAGUACUUGGAGCAAGCUAUACAUGCUUUGCACAAGAGUAGGCUAUACGUCUAGGCCAAGGCACUGACAUGCUGGGAGAACACAAGGCUCUAUCAGUAUAGCCAUGGGAAGCAGUGGAGGCUGCUUUCCUGGUGCACAACAAGAGCGGAAAGCUGCCAGGUGAAACUCCCAUCUUCCCUCUCACUGAUCAGCAGUGGCUUUGGCCUGGUCUGGUUGAAUUUGUGCAUAGAUGGAAGAAGGAGCAGUCUCCAUCUCCUCCGUAAGGCUGCAGCUACCACUUUGGGGCCUAUUUGAAGCCAAUCCAUGGCGGGACAGACAGUCGUAACCUGAAGUCUUUUUGCUGCAUGGGCUUGCAGAAGGUGGUAUUGGCUACCUCCUUACACAAUGUCCAAAAAAGUACCAAAGCAGGCAUAACUACUCCCAGUCAGGCCAUGGAUGUCACUAACAGAAACCCAGGCACAAUAAAAGAGCUCUUAAGGCUACAUUUUUUUCAAAGGUAAAAAAAAAAAAUGAACAGUACUUUCAGCACUUGGAUUUAUUGAGGUUUAAUUAAAUUCAGCACAUAUUCAUAUUAUCUGGUUGAUGCAGAGAUGUGCAGUGACAGCAACAGGAACAAAAAGAGAGUUUAUAAUGCGCCCACCCUGCCUUAGGCAGGGUUCUUCAGGUGUUAACAAAUGGCUUUAAAGUGUUAUGUGUCUAUCUCAUUUUCUAGCUAGACUGAGGCCAUAGUCCCUUUGGAAUCCCCUUAGCUAUGGGAUUUUGAACGUUGUCUGAUUCUAGGUUAGUAUUGGUAGUCUGCUCUUAAUCUGAGACUAUCUUGAUGGAGUGUUUAACAUGAUAAUCACCUGUUUCACAAUAGACCACAUAAAUAAUGCACACAUCUUCUCAUACUUGUGUAGUAUUUAGUAUAGAUAUUAUAUGUACUGUAUGUAAUGCAUAUGAUAAAUAAUAUAUUCCAUCAUUUCCUCCUAAUGGCCCCAGCUAAUCCCACAGUUCUCCCCCCCCCCACCCCCAGGAGUCACUAAUUUUCCUCCUUGUUUUUACUCAUUCCUCUUUUCUUCAUCUAAUCAUUCCUACUCUCCAUCCCCCCAUCUUUUUUUUCUACAAGCAGAGCAGCUUUUUUCCACAAAUGGCUUGAAUGAAGAAUUGAGUCUUUCACUGUCUAGUCUUUAUCAGUGUUGACUCCUGGAAUAGAUUUAAUUCUAUUUCAGAUUUGCCCAUUUCAGGCUCACCAUGAUGUGUGUAUGUGCCUUCAAGUCGCCUGUCGACUUAUGGCGACCCCAUGAAUUUCCUAGGUUUGUCUUCAGCAAGGAAUACUCAGAGGUGGUUUUGCAGUUCCUUCCUCUGAAAUAUAGCCUACAGCAGAGCAGGAUACAAAUGAGAGUGAGACAGAUAAGAAUUUUGAAAAUCCAGCAAACAGAUACUUAUAGGAACUUCAACAUGUUUUGAACCUGAAUCACCAUUAGCUGGUUUCAUAUAAUUAUAUGUGGGAGAAAACCCAUCAGUGUCUUAAACCUCUCCUGGUUUAUUCUGGCUCUAGCACCGCGCAUUGUCACCUUAUAUGUGGCUUGUUGCCAGGACUGUAGCCCCUCCUCAGCAUGCACACAUGUGACCACAAUUGAAGAGGAAGGGACAGCCAAAAGGGAUAUAUAUACCUGUGCUGAUUCCACAGCUUAGAAAAGUUACUUUUGACCAUGGUAGGUGGGGAUUGUAGUUCAAACUAACUUUUCCAAGCUCUGUAUGAUUUUCAUAAUUGCAAACAUUGGAGAAAGACCUGCUGCAAACACAGAAACCAUGGCAACCUUUUGUCUACAUAACUGCUCAAUUCAUAUGAACAUUUCUCUGAACACUUGGGGUGCUGUGGAUGCUUAUAAUAGGAGAUAUCUUUCUUGUGAAUGGACGUCCAGAGUAGAUAAAUUUUUGUAUAUCCAACUCUAUACUUCUCAACUACAAAGAAGGCAUUUGAAAAAUACAAACUGAAAAAUGAUGUCAUUGUUUAAGUACUGGUGUUUUGAGCAGCUUCUAAGCUUUUAUAGAAAGCUUUACAUUCUUUAUGGAAUGAAAGAAACCAUUUGUUUUGUAUACUUCCAGUUUUGCAAAAAUCCGCCAAGGAUCAUAGUUGCCUACUUGUAUAUUUUAAUAAUGUUACCAUGUUUACAAUAAGGUUGUAUUGCCUCUUAAUUUACCUUUUUUCCCCCUAUGGUUGCAUCUCAACUGUAUUAUAAUUUGCAGUAUGUUUUGGGAUUUUCCAAGUGCAAGGCUUUUGAGGAAAGGAGGGGAGUUCUUUGUAUUUCCAGGAAUAAAAAGAGAUCUUUGUCUGAAGUUGGCAAGUGUGUGUGUGUGUGUGUGUGUGUGUGUGUGUGUGUGUAUGUAUAUAUAUAAAUAUAUAGAGGAGAAGAGAGACAGCACAGUACUAAAGAAUAUUAAAUUGUACUUUGUUCUGUAAAGGUGAAUAGAUAUUAUUGAAAAGCGUCAGGAGAAGUAUAGUAUUGUAUUUGUAACAAUAUUGUUUUUUGUAAACACCAAACUUGAUGAGCUCUCUAUAUAAAUUAUAUAUAUAUAUAUAUAUACAUAUAAAAUGUGAGCCUGGAAUGUUGAUACUGCACACCUACUGAAUGUAAUUUUUCAGACUCUUGUCAAAGGAUUCUGCCCCCACCCUCAAUAAUACAAUGGCAGUGCUUUGGGGGAUAUGGGGUUUUUUAAUUCUAUUUUUUGUUGGCCUCUGUUUUGUUGUGAUGUAUUUCCGUGUGCUACAUUCCUUUAUUUAACAGAGUGCUAAUGUCUGUAAAAUUUACAAUAAUAAAACAAAACCAGACAUACCAAAAAAAAAAAAAGGCAUUACAUAUA